AGUUACAGCAAUGAAACGUUGCUGGGCUCAUAAGCAUAACACACAUAUAUAGAGCUGCUACUGCGAUUUUCUUGCUUGCCUUCGUGAUAAUCUCUCAAAAAGGUUAGAAGACGUCCACUGUCCACUACUGGUCAACUCUCAGGAUCACUUUAAGUAAUCUGGACUACAGGCGCCGCAAAGCAAUCCCCUCUGUCGAAUAUUGACCUACGCUUGGUGGAGCCGUCGUUCAAGUCGUGAAGAAUCUGAAAAGUAGCAUUACACCAUAUGGAGUCAUAUGUAACGGAAAAACAUCUUGACAAGUAUUUAUUUGAAAUGUGUUUUCUGAGUGUUUCGUGCAAGGAUCCGUUUGUCUGGAACCAACGCGGAUGAAUACUCGGAGAGAAAGUUUCAUACCCCGCACCUUGCAAGUUUAAACGGACAAUAAUCGAUAUGAAAUAGUCAGUGCAAGAGGUGGUCGGCCUGCAUAUGGUCGUUCAGUCAUUGGGAGCUACGGCGCUGAAAGCAUAGCUGUGGAAGUUAUUGUUACCGGAGAAACUCCACAGGCAGAAACUAUGGAUAACUGUACAACUUGUGAUGCAGAGGCAUUUUGUCACAAUAUUUCACGAAGGACACCUGUUUCCGCGGAGGAAAAUGCUCUCAUCAUGUCAGACCCAAGAUUUAACAGUUGUAUAGAUUUUAAAAUUCCUCAUCGAGGGAUUUCACUGGAAAUGUGCAUACCAUAUGCUGUGAUUUUUCUGUUGUCAGUCGUGGGAAACUCUUUAGUAGUUUUAACGCUUUUCCAACACAAGAAGAUGAGAACCAUUACCAAUGUCUACUUGCUGAAUUUAGCAAUUAGUGAUCUUCUCCUGGCUGUAUUCUGCAUGCCGUUCACGUUGAUACCGUUGUUGCUGCAGGACUUUGUGUUUGGAGCCGUUAUGUGUGCUCUCAUCAGGUACCUGCAAGCGGUGUCAGUCGGUGUGAGCUGCUUCACGCUAGUAGCGAUCUCCCUGGAACGUUUCUACGCAAUUUGUCAGCCAUUACGUUCCCGACGUUGGCAAACGCUCUCCCAUUCCUACAAGGUCAUAUGCGGGAUCUGGAUAGUUGCGUUUACUCUGAUGGUCCCAAUUGCCUGCUACAACAAAGUUACCCCCCUUGUCAGCGGAAGUCUUGCAUGUCGGGAGAUAUGGGAUAACGCCCUGGCGGAGAAGUUGUACACAGGGCUGCUGGACGUUGUGUUGUUGCUGAUGCCGCUCAUCAUAAUGGCGACUUCCUAUGGUAGAGUGGCCCAUGAGCUAAGGAAGGAUUUGAACGCCCAGGGUCCACCAACGCCCGUUUCGGGUAAACCAGAGGUAGAGUCACUGGAACCGGUUCGAUAUGUAGUAAAGGACCCUCAUUCCACAACUUCCAGCGGACCAUCACCCAUCGUCCUUCGUCGUACCGAACCACGAGGCCCAGGGGAGAUAACUCACCCGCUUCUACUCCAGACCAACUUCCGGCAAGCGAACUACCACAAGAUCCUGAUGAACAAGAAAAGAGUAAUGAAGAUGUUGUGCGUUGUGGUAUUGGAGUACUUCAUCUGCUGGACACCAUUGUUCCUUGUUAACACCUGGACAGUUAUGGAUUAUCUCAGCGCAAGACGCAGCGUGAGCCUAACUGUCAAGUCCACCAUAUUCCUGUUGGCCUAUCUGUCGUCGUGUAUUCAUCCGAUCACAUACUGUUUCAUGAACAAGCGUUUCCGCCAGGGAUUCGUAGCAGUGUUUAGUUGUUGUGGAUCUAAAGACGUUGUGCGACUACUGAGUGAAACGUCCAACGGUAAGCACAAUUCCAAGCGUCUGGCGCAUGUCACCGACACAACAAGCUUAAAGUUCUCUUGGCGAAGACAGGUGUAGAAUGGUUUCGAUUGGUUUGGAGCAAAGAAAUACGUGUAAUAUGUGAAUUUGUUGUAAUAAAUGUUUGUAUCGCCAUACUUAGGAUAAAUGUG